GAGUGCACAUUGCUCUUGUCCCGUAUGUGAAUGGCUCUCGUGCCGAUACUGAGGGCGCUGUGCUGAUGGAAGAGCCCAAGAGUUUAAACGGCAAAAGUGAACGGGAGCUCGUCUCAGCGGACUCGAAUCGUGCGCUUGCUUCACUUUUUCCCCCCUCUGCCUCUCUCUCUCUCUCCCUCCUCUCUCAGGUCGAAACUAACCGCGACACAAGUGGCAGCUUUUGCAACAGGGGUUUUUAAGGAUAUUACAAUCUUCCUAAGCAUGCCGAGCCCUCCUCGCUGCUCGUAAAUCCACCUCAGUUUUGCUUCGCACCGCCACAUGCCUCACGGCGGAUGCCAGCGCGCGGCGCGGAGCGGAGAAUGAACCAAGCGCGAGUUUUGUAACGCAUCCGGACGACUUUUUCUAUCCAUCUUUUUCUAUUCAAACGACCGCAAGAUGAAAUAAUCGCUCCUCUCAGCGCUCCAUCACCACAGUUUCACUCAAGGCUCUGUGAAAUCUCCGUGCGCUUCCAUCCAUCCGUCGUCGGGACUUUUUUUUUUUUGUCUAAGGCUGCACUUGAAGAUAAUGCCGAAAGUUUGGAUAUACGGCUUUAACAGUACAGUAGGCUACAGUAAAUGUGUGUAACUCGAGGCGGGGUUAAAGUUCAGCUCUAUGGAGCGCUGAAGCGUCGCGCGCACUUCGCAGAGUUGGAAAUGUGAAAGCAAGAAGCAAGGCUUUAUUUUCCCUCUCUCCCUUCUUCUCUGUCUCUUUUUUUUUCUCUUUUCAUACACACAUAUACAUACACACCCCAUACAUUCACACACACACACACGCACACACACACACAUGCACACACACACACACAUACACACACACACGACAUAUACAUCGCCAAUUCAGGAGUUAAAACCGACAGAUAUGUAUUCUCCGCUAUGCCUAACACAGGAUGAAUUCCAUCCUUUCAUUGAAGCACUGCUGCCCCAUGUGAAAGCGUUUGCCUACACUUGGUUCAACUUGCAGGCCCGCAAGAGAAAAUACUUCAAGAAGCACGAGAAGCGUAUGUCUAAGGAAGAGGAGCGAGCCGUGAAGGACGAACUGCUCAGCGAGAAGCCGGAGGUCAAGCAGAAAUGGGCAUCGCGGCUGCUGGCCAAACUCCGCAAGGACAUCCGGCCGGAGUUCCGUGAGGAUUUUGUGCUCACUGUCACCGGGAAGAAGCCCCCUUGCUGUGUGCUCUCCAACCCCGACCAGAAGGGCAAGAUCAGGAGAAUCGACUGCCUGCGUCAGGCGGACAAAGUGUGGCGCUUGGACCUGGUCAUGGUGAUUUUAUUCAAAGGUAUUCCGCUUGAAAGUACUGACGGCGAAAGGCUGGUUAAGUCUCCGCAGUGUUCGAAUCCAGGGCUGUGCGUGCAGCCGCAUCACAUAGGAGUUUCCGUAAAGGAGCUCGACCUGUACCUGGCCUACUUUGUCCAUGCAGAAACAGGGCAGUCUGAAAGUCCGAACCAGCCCAGUGAAAGUGACAUCAAAGACCAGCCGGAAAAUGGGCACCUUGGCUUCCAGGACAGUUUCAUCACAUCAGGUGUCUUCACCGUCUCUGAGCUCGUGCGAGUCUCACAGACCCCCAUCGCGGCAGGGACGGGGCCCAACUUCUCGUUGGCAGACCUGGACAGCUCUUCAUACUACAGUAUGAGCCCCGGGGCCAUGAGGCGCCCCCUUCCCAGCACUUCUUCUAGCAGUUCUGCGAAGCGUAUCAAAUGCAUGGAGGAUGAGGUGGACAGCCCGGGAGAGGAGUCCUACUACCCAGGUCAGGGACGCUCGCCCGGAAGCGUCAGCCAAGCCAGCAGCUGGCACGAAGUAGAGCCAGGGAUGCCAUCGCCUACCACAUUAAAGAAGUCAGAGAAGUCUGGUUUCAGCAGCCAUGUGCCUUCGCAGACCGCUUCCCCUCGAACGGCAUUCACACACCAUCAUCGACCUGUCAUUACAGGACCCAGAGCGAGUCCUCACGCCACGCCGUCAAGUCUUCAUUUCCCGACAUCGCCAAUCAUCCAGCAGCCUGGCUCGUACUUCUCCCACCAUGCCAUCCGCUACCACCCCCAGGAAUCACUCAAGGAGUUUGUCCAACUUGUCUGUCCUGACAGUGGUCAGCAAGGUGGUCAGGUGGGCUUCCUUAAUCCCAAUGGGAGCAGUCAGGGGAAGGUGCACAACCCGUUCCUGCCCACUCCCAUGUUGCCACCUCCUCCACCUCCCCCGAUGGCGCGACCCGUGCCCCUGCCCGUGCCAGACUCCAAACCUCCCUCCACCUCCACAGAGGGAGGCGGCAACUCCCCCACCUCGCCAACCUACUCCACGCCCAGCACGUCUCCCGCUCAGCGCUUUGUCAGCGUGGGCCCCAGAGACCCCAGCUUUGUAAAUAUCCCUCAGCAGCCUCAGUGGUACCUGGGCUAAAGACUCCCGACACGGACCGGACGCUCCCGAGGUCACAUGACCACCCCCUCUGUCUCCCCUGAGUACGACCCGCAAACAUGUACACCAGUCUGAACAGAGAGAAGCCACUUGCUGCCCCAGUACAGACCCACAGCAUGGCUCCAGCAGAACCCCGCCAAGCCCUGGAACAAGAGGAACCGAAUCAACGCGCUUACACCCACUUACUAUAUAUCUAUAUAGUCCAUAUGUAUUCUUCCAUAUGUAUGGUUUACAUGCCUAUAUUCAUAUAUAGUAGCUGUCCAGCUCUUCUGAGGGUGGAGCUCGGAAAAAUAAUGAAGAGCUUUGUUUUUUCGGAAAUGUGCACGUUUUUGUUUUGUUUGUUUGUUUGUUUGUUUGUUUUUUUGUUUUUUUUGGUUCACCCUCACAGAUAGAUGAGGAAAACGUAACAUGACGCAAUCAAAGAGCUUCCCGCAUUUGUGCCUGUGGUCUUAAACUGAAUUCUAAGGCGUUUCCAACACAGUCUAUGGCCAAGGGUCGCAAACCCACAACCACCUGGAGGUCGGAGCUCUGCCUUUCAAUCACUCGUGUUUUGACGGAUCAAUCCGGUUUCCUUAUCGGUGAAUGUUGGAGGUUUCGCUUGGAUCAGAUAUGCCACCAGCUAAAAUCUCUAUUGCGUCUUCUGGCCAGGACCAUUUCCUCCCCCUUACACUAUCAUCACCACCACCACCAUCAACACCAUGUCAGAUCAAGAACUGUCAAGGACUUAACCCAACCCAAUUUUUUUCAGUUGUUUUGUGUCAUUUUGGGGCAAGCGAUGAAGUCAUGAACGAUGAUGUUUGAUAUCAGGUCAUUUUACGGUAUGCUAACGGGAGAUCUCCCCACUUGGAGGCAUGUUCAUAUUUUGUGUUUUUCGUACAAAAAAUAUCGCGAUUCUACUAAACCCCAGCAGAAGGUCUGUCGCAGGCCAAGGGCCUAGUAAAGGUUCAAUCUUCCAUAAACUUCAAGAAAAGGUUAACCGUGAAUACUGAAUUGAGGAAAGUGCAAUUUUGUUGGGUAGAUGUUGGAUUGUUAAAUAUCUUUGUAAGCUAGAUUGUUAAAGCGAUUGUUGAAAAGUAUAUAUAAAUAUAUAUAUGAAUAUAUAUAUAUAUAUAUAUAUAUAUAUAUAUUUCUUCCUAGUCCAUUCACACCUCCAGGACUCUAAAAUAUCGGGGUACAAAAAAGAAAAAAAAACACGUAAAGAGAAAAUUAGAACAAAUAGCCUUGUGAGAAAUAAGGGGAGCUGUAAUUGAUUUUUCUGUUGUUGUUUUUAAUGUGUUUGUUUGUUCAUCUUUUGUUAGCAUUGUAGAACAAAUAUCCCUUUAAGAAAUUUCAACGUUUAAACAAUCAAUUUAGUUUUCAAAAUGCUACAGCAGUUAUUUUGAUUUAACCGAGCACAUACUGAAAUACAUACUGUAAGAAAAAAAGUAAUUUGCGAAAUCAUGAAAGUAAAUAUUGACUGUUUAAAUUUGUUUGAACAUGAAAGGCGAAAUACUGAACUAACUUCCUUGUAGGCACUUAUGAAAGUGUCGCGCAAAAAUGUGAAGAUCAAAAAAUGCAUCCAGCUUCUCUCGCAUGCAAUUUUUGUUGCUUUUUUUUUUUUUUUGAGUUUACGUUUUCGUUUGUUUCCUGUACGAAACAUAUAUAUAUAUAAAUAUAUACACUUACAGUCUCAUCCACCGUCGAACAAAGCUCAGUAAAGUUUUUUUUUUUUAAUUAAAGAAAAUAAUCUGCAUGUUCUAGUGUUAGUGACAAAUUUUUACAUAGAUUACGUAGAGUUAAAGUAGUGUGAAAAAUAUUGUAAUCCCAACAUCGGGCACUUGCCGAUCAAGUAUUUGUUUGGUCAAACAAAAGGGUAUUUUUACUGCUGUUCUCACAAUCAACCAGCUAAACAUCUCUCUGACUCUUCUUAGCUUGUCGUCAUUUCUAUAAAGUCUCCCUUCCUCCUUAAUUCCCAUCAGAACAAUCAUUUUCAUAUGUACACACUUCAUCGUCCCUUUCAAACUGCACGAACAAUUCCACAUCGAUGUGCCUUGAGUGAUGGUCUAGUUCUGAGUUAUUGCACAAGCUGCAAUGUGGAGACUUUUUUUUACCCCACCUUCCACAUGUAGUCAAUUUGGAGGGUGUGAAAUUGGUGUUAAUUGAUAAUACACAGUGUUGCUCUCCAUUUAACUACAUAUCGCCACUUUCAGUUAUCCAUUGCUUCAAAAAUCCCAUGGUUUGCACUUCAGAAAAAGUAUAAUAUGAAGGUUUUUAUGUCAUCAAGCCCUUUUUCCCGGAUUUAUCAGUAGUAUAUUGAUGUUUAUGGAUGUUGCUGCAAUUUCUAAAAUGACGACUACUUUUUCUUUUCAGUCUUCCUUUUUUUCCGUUCCCAGAGACGAAUAAUGAUAAUAAUGAGAUUAAUAUGCAAUACUUGCUUGCACUCAUGUAGAUUUGUUUUUUCUUCAUUUUUUAUAUAUUUUUUUAUGACCAAAGUGAGCACUUGACAGGUCAAGUGGCUGAACGUCAGUGUGUUUUUCAUGCACACGACACGAAAAAAAAAACGCCAUUGAUCAGCCUCACUUGGGUUUCACGCAACCAGUUAUCAAUGUUUCCGUAUAUUUUGUGUUUUUCGGUCAUAAUCAAGCCUUAAAAACAAGGAAACUUCCUUUCAAUCAUAAACACGCAAAAGCGAACACGUCCAGGACACAAAAAUAAGCCCAGUUUUUGUACAUUUUGACAAAGUUCCAUGUUAUAUUAAUUGUUUACCUGUUUAUUUUCUAUUGCAUAUAUCAUAUAAGAAAAAAAAAAUUAUGGGGACGAAUUUCCCAGACAUAUGAUGUGAUGGUUUAGUAGUUACACUUGUGUGUGUGUGUGUGUGUGUUUUUAUUAUUUUUAUUUUUAUUUUUGUCAUUGUUCUUGCCUACCCUUUAUAAAUGAGUUGGGCAUUACUUUCUUAAUCGUCUGCACUAAAUAUAAAAAAAUGACAAUUGUGAUAAUUUAGAAGAAAAAUACAGAAGAAAAAGCUUCCAGGACUUAAAAGUGCGAAGGGAAACAUGAUUGCACGGAUAUUUUUUUGUCACAGAGACCUUGUUUAGAGCAGCCUGGCAUCUAAUCAGCGAGAUUGGCUGUGUGUGUAAGAUAAUGACAAAAUUGCACCCUUUUUAAAGAAAGAAAAAAAAGAGAAAAAUAAUUUUAAGCAAUAGUUUGGGCAGUCUGUUUUGUUCUCGUGUUGUGUGUGUAAUUAAGUUUUUUGGUACAACAUUGGAGAAGAUGCAGGAGAAGCGAACAAACCGAAUGGAUUAGAUACGAGAGUUAGGGCGGACACACCCGAGUAUGGGAGAUUUGAUGUUUGUAUAUUGUAUAGUUUUAUUAAUUACACUGAUUUUAAAGCUGCCCUAUUUUAUAAUGCAGGACUUUUGUAACAUUGAUUAAAUGAGGAAAAACUAGCGUUGUGAAUUUUCUGAUUGUUUGUAUUAAGGCCACAAAUAUAGAACUGGUUUUGUUUGUCCUCUGGGGAACUGGAUUUAAGUUGAAAACUUCCUGUUUCCUGUUUUUCUUUCUUUUUUUGUUGCUUUUUGCUUUCCUUUUUGUAUGUAUUUAAGGACUUAUUUCUUCUUUCGAUGGUAUAGAAGUAAUCCUAUACUUGAAAAGUGUAGGAUGCUGAGGUGAAAACCCCAUUGUAAAUGGAUUGUUACAAGUAUGCUGUAUGUUUUGAAGGUUAUUUGUUGCAUCAGUGUUGAUGAAGCUAAAUCUAGAUAAUUCUGAGGAUGUUGGUAAGAAGAGAACGUUUUUAUGCAUUUUAAAAUUAGUUUUAGGCAGAAGACAAUGACAUAGACAGCCGAAGGAUGCCCCUAUUAUAAAUGCAUCUAGGCAUCUUUUUGUGUUCACCAUUCCAUGCAGGAAAAUAAACCGCUUGAUAUGCAA